GACAUGGAUCGAGUAGUGCGUGCCGUUAACUUAGCCCCCUAAACAAAACGACGCCACAACCGUCAUACUACUACGCGUUCUACUCUUCUAGAAGUAACGCUUCCUUCCUUAACCCCAAAGUAGUCAACGUUUUCUCACCACCGUUUUCUAUAUCUAUAUAUACUCCCACUCACGCUAACCUAUAAUAUUCUCAAAACUAUCACCCUUUCAAUCAUCACAUUUUCCUCUACGCAUACGCAAUUCGCACCCCUCUGUUUACUAGAGCAAUCAAUCAUGGCCGAAGCAGAUUCCAACAGCCUUCAACAGCCCCUUCUUGAGGGGAGCGAGGAGGAGCAGAGGCUCAAGUACUUCGAAUUCGUGCAGGUGGCGUCGUUACACGCGCUGAUGUACGCAGCUAAACUCUACAGUUACGCCAAGGAGAAUUCGGGCCCGUUGAAGACCGGCGUCGACACCGUCGAGGGCACCGUUAAGACCGUCGUCGGCCCGGUUUACCAAAAAUAUCAAGGCGUCCCUGUUGAUGUCCUCAGAUUCGUUGAUCGCAAGGUGGAUGAGUCUAUAAACAAAGUGCAAAACCGUGUCCCCCCAACCCUGAAGCAGGUGUCAACUCAGGCGUUCGAGGCGGCUCAGAAGGCGCCUGCAGCAGCUCGUUCAGUCGUUUCAGAAGUGAAGAACACGGGGCUGGUGGGAAGUGCAUCUGGGCUAGCACAGACAGUGUAUGCCAAGUAUGAACCUGCUGCAAAGGAUCUUUACACCAAGUAUGAGCCCGUGGCAGAGCAGUACGCGUCUGCCACAUGGCACUCGUUGAACCAGCUGCCGCUUUUCCCUCAGGUCGCUCAGGCUGUUGCUCCAACGGCGACCUACUAUACAAACAAAUACAACGAAGCUGUGCAGCAAGCGGCUGAUAAGGGGUGGCAGAUGGCGUCGCAUCUUCCGUUGGUGCCGACGGAGAAGAUUGCUAAGGUUCUGAGCUCAAGGCAAGAAUCGACUGUGACUGUUGAGUGAUCAAUCCCUUUAUGAGUUUUGUUUUUGAUUUACAUUGUUUUUUUUUUUCUUGGGUUUUCUUCUGCAUGAAGGUUGUGGUUAGUGGGAUUUAUCGUGUAUUACAAUACUGCUUUUGGAUUAUGAAUGUGGAUGUUGCACUAAA